GUCUUACCACAAUCUCUCUCUUGCCUCGUAGAAUCUAUCUGCGAUCUUUCUAUUAUAAGUAUUUCUCUCUUCCUGCUACUCGAGGUGUUAUUACCCCUCAUCUGUGGCUGGGUGAAUAAUUCGAGGCUAAAGCCUCUGAGUAAGUCCCAUGGGCAGGCCUUUUCCACAUGGACGAUGCUGACUACGAUGCCGACGGAACGCCUGGGAAUGUACCACGUCGACGGUUCGACUUUGGAAAUGAUUAUGCAGACAAUGAACUCCGGACAAGCAUCUCUGAACAAAUAUUUGGGCUGUUUGGAAGACUUUCAUUUUGUGUCAAAGUGCAUGAUGAAAAGAUUCAUAAGUCAAUCCCACCAGAAGACGCCAGCUGGUCUGUGUUGUACUACAGUCAUUUGGCUUAAGUACGACAUUCAGGUUGAUGCAGUCCAUGAGACAUCCUCCGUUUUGGGCGAAGACGAGCUGACCCCGUCAUAUGACGAACAUCGUCAGAACUGGGACUCAUUCUUGUAA